UAUGGAAACAAAGAAAUGUAUGUCAUAUUAUUUUUCUUCUGCCUCCAGAUUGGCAACUCCUUGUUUGACGAGGAAGGGGCCAAAAUAGUCAAGGACCUGAUGGCGAAGGCGGAGAAGAACAAAGUGCGGAUCAACCUCCCCGUCGACUUCGUCACGGCGGACAAGUUUGACGAGAAAGCGCAGAGCGGGAAGGCCACUGUGGCCUCCGGGAUCCCAGCCGGAUGGAUGGGCUUGGAUUGUGGUCCCGAGAGCGUCAAGAACUUCGUGGAGGCCGUGGGCCGAGCCAAGCAGAUUGUGUGGAAUGGCCCGGUGGGCGUCUUCGAGUGGGAGAAGUUUGCCCACGGCACCAAAGCCGUGAUGGACAAAGUGGUGGAGGUCACGGCCAAAGGGUGCAUCACCAUCAUCGGCGGCGGGGACACUGCGACCUGCUGCGCCAAGUGGGACACCGAGGACAAAGUCAGCCAUGUCAGCACCGGCGGAGGAGCCAGCCUGGAGCUCCUGGAAGGUAACGAACACUCUCUCCCCUUUCUCUCUCUUGACCCCCUUGGCGUUUUCAUGGAGUCCGGUUCCAGGGAUGCCCACAGGGGCCUUUGGGGCCAGAGCCAGGCAGCUGGGGAGUAUCAGGGUGCCAUUUCUUUUAUCAUAUAAGGAGCAAACCAAAGG